AUGUCAAAAAAUAUUAACGACGUGAUCAGUGAACAGUUUUCAGCGCCAAAAGAAUAUGAAGAGGAAGAGCAAGACAAGGCGGUUCUCGAAGAUGAUGACGAUUUGAAAACGACUGAAAUGUUGGAAGUAGGGAAAAUCCAGAAAAUGCAAAGUAUUCCAAUGAACAAAAAUUGGAAAGGAAAGAUUGUUUCUAAGAAAGAAGCGUUUGGGUAUUCUGACGACGAGAUGUCAGAAGAUGAAGAACCUUAUUCUUCAAACGAAAGUAAUGAAAAGAAAAUGAGUGAAGACGAUGAAAAUGAUGAAAAUGAUGAAAAUGAAAGUGAAAAUAAUGAAGAGGAAGAAGGAAAUGGCGAAAUUAAAGAAAAUGAAGAAGAAGACGAAGCAGAUCAAAUGAUCAAACAAACGACGGAAAUGAAAACGAUAGCAAAACCCGUUUCACAAAUCAAACAAGAAGACGUUGUAAACCAAAUUAAAUUGUAUAACACGGCAAUGGACAUUCGUGUCAAAUUGCAGCCAAUAGUCACAUGUGUGAAUGCACUCCCACUCCAUACGGACUUAAAUAGAUUGACAGAGCAAAACACAAAACUGAAAGCUGAAAUGGAUAAGUUGACCGUUUCACUUCUUAAUUUAAUGAAGCAAAUCGGUGGUCUUUGUGAGACUCUUGACGCAAAUCGUGGGCUUAUUUGGGAAAACGCGAGUGAUUAUAAAGAAAAAAUAAUUAAGAACCAGGCAAAUAGAAACGCCCGCAAUUUGGCUGAUUUAGAAAAGUGGAAUUCAAAGACAACAAUCCUUCAAAUCUCAAAAAUUUCUAACACUGGUAAAACAGUAAACCAACAAGUCAAAGGAGUUAUGAGGGAUAAGGAGAGACUUCACAGGAGAUCUCAACAGCUAAGGGAUAACAAAAUUUAUCUGAACGAUGAUUUGAUAAGUAGUGACCAAAUUUACGAUGAUGGUGAUUUUUACGAACAAACAAUUAAAGAUGCAAUGGAAUAUGGACUUAACCGAUUCACAAGAGAUGCCAAGUUCACACAAAAGCCAAAGAAGAUACAAAAGAAGGAUAGGGUAAAUACAAACAUCAUUUUCCCAAAACUUGAAAAUUUCAAGUCGCCAAUUGAGUACAAGGAGGAGAAUUAUGGAGUGGACCGACCACUUUUACUCGCAAAUUUGUUCAAGUGA